ACCGGUUUCGUUCCCGAAUCCCAGACCCCUAAUUUUGCUUUCCCGCCAACGAUACGCCUCUCCCGCCACCUGCCGCCAAGCUCCCCAAUCAACCCCCGAAUAAAAUCAGCCAACAAAGCGCAAAAAAAUUGUUACUCAAAUCCCCGAACCUCUAAAUUACCCCACAUUUUCUAUUUCUUCUCUCAAAUCACGGUAAAAAUGGAGGGGGACUUCUCAUCGGAGGAACAAUUCAAGCUACCGGAGCUCAAAUUAGAUGCAAAGCAAGCGCAGGGUUUCAUAUCGUUCUUCAAAACCCUACCCCGCGAUGCAAGGGCUGUUCGUUUCUUUGAUCGCCGGGAUUAUUAUACUGCUCACGGUGAAAAUGCCACUUUCAUUGCAAAGACAUAUUAUCACACAACAUCUGCUCUGCGACAACUGGGUAGUGGUCCAGAUGGAAUUUCUAGUGUAAGUGUAAGUAAAAAUAUGUUUGAAACAAUAGCUCGUGAUAUCUUGCUUGAGAGAACAGAUCAUACUAUGGAGGUUUAUGAAGGAAGUGGCUCCAAGUGGACGUUGACUAAAACUGGGACUCCUGGCAAUAUUGGUUGCUUUGAAGAUGUUUUGUUUGCCAACACUGACAUGCAGGACUCGCCAGUGACAAUUGCGCUAUUUCCAAACUUUCGGGAUAAUCAGUAUACAGUUGGACUGGGUUUUGUGGAUUUGACAAAUAAAAGAUUGGGCCUGGCAGAAUUUCUUGAUGAUAGCCAGUUUACAAAUGUGGAAUCUGUUUUGGUUGCUCUUGGAUGCAAGGAAUGCCUCUUACCUAUAGAAAGUGGAAAAUCAAUUGAAUUGGAAUCUCUUUGUAAUGCACUGACUAGAUGUGGUGUUCUCGUGACUGAGAGGAAGAAAUCAGAGUUCAAGUCAAGAGAUCUGGUACAGGACCUUGGCAGGAUCAUAAGGGGUCCGAUUGAACCGGUUCGAGAUUUACUUUCUGAAUUUGAAUGUGCAUUGGGUGCCCUGGGGGCAUUAUUGUCAUAUGUGGAAUUACUUGCAGAUGACAGCAACUAUGGAAGUUAUACCAUCCACAAGUACAAUCUGUAUAGUUAUAUGAGAUUGGAUUCUGCAGCUAUGAGGGCAUUGAAUGUUUUGGAGAGCAAAACAGAUGCAAACAAAAAUUUUAGCUUGUUUGGUUUGAUGAACAGAACCUGCACAGCUGGUAUGGGCAAACGAUUGCUAAAUAGGUGGCUCAAACAACCUUUGUUGGAUGUAGAAGAAAUCAAUUGUAGACUGGAUCUUGUUCAGGCAUUUGUGGAUGAUGCAGAACUUCGCCAGGGUCUGAGGCUACACUUGAAAAGAAUUUCAGACAUAGAGCGAUUGAUGAAUAGUCUGAAGAAACGAACUCCUAGCUUGCUGCCAGUCAUAAAGCUUUAUCAGUCAUGCAUUAGACUUCCACAUAUUAAAGGUGUUCUUGAGUGUUAUGAAGGCCAAUAUUCACCACUGAUAAGAAGAAAAUAUUUGGAGCCGCUGGAAGAUUUGAUGGAUGAGAAUAAAGUGAGAAAAUUUAUAGCUCUUGUCGAGGUUGCGGUAGACCUUGAUCAACUUGAGAACGGAGAAUACAUGAUAUCACCAAGUUAUGAUUCCAACUUAGUUGCACUGAGAGAUGAACUUAAUACGGUUGAGGAACAAAUACACAAAUUGCACAAACAAAUAGCAAAUGAUCUGGAUGUGUCUAUUGAUAAGGCUCUGAAGUUGGAGAAAGGUACCCAAUUUGGACAUGUCCUCAGGAUCACGAAGAAAGAGGAGCAGAAAGUGAGGAAAAAGCUCACUACCCAUUUCAUUGUUCUGGAAACUCGUAAGGAUGGGGUGAAAUUCACCAAUUCCAAGCUUAAAAAGUUGGGAGAUGAAUACCAGAAAAUUCUGAAUGAGUAUACAAGAGUACAAAAAGAUAUAGUUUGCCGAGUAGUUAAGACUGCUGCUUCCUUUUCUGAGGUCUUUGAGACUUGUGCUGUUAUUCUUUCUGAGCUUGAUGUGUUACUGAGUUUUGCUGAUCUUGCUACAAGUUGUCCAAUUCCAUACAUAAGGCCAGAUAUUACACCUUCGGAUAAAGGAGAUAUUAUCCUAGAAGGUAGUCGACAUCCUUGUGUUGAGGCUCAGGACGGAGUCAAUUUCAUACCUAAUGAUUGUUCUUUAGUGCGUGGGAAGAGUUGGUUUCAGAUUAUCACUGGUCCUAACAUGGGUGGUAAAUCCACCUUUAUACGACAGGUUGGCGCGAAUGUGUUGAUGGCACAAGUUGGUUGCUUUGUUCCUUCUGAUAGGGCAAGCAUUAGCAUUCGUGAUUGCAUAUUCGCUCGUGUUGGGGCUGGGGAUUGCCAACUUCGUGGGGUUUCUACCUUCAUGCAAGAAAUGCUUGAAACUGCAUCCAUCUUGAAAGGCGCCACUGAGAAGUCGCUGGUAAUAAUCGAUGAGCUGGGCCGUGGUACAUCUACCUACGAUGGAUUUGGUUUAGCAUGGGCUAUUUGUGAGCACCUAGUGGAAGUGAUAAAAGCUCCUACAUUGUUUGCAACUCACUUCCAUGAACUGACUGCAUUAGCUCAUAAUGAUGAAUCUCAUGCUAUAUCUACCAAAGGAGUGUCUAACUAUCAUGUUGGGGCGCACAUAGAUCCAUCUAAUCGCAAAUUAACAAUGCUCUAUAAGCUUAACCCAGGUGCUUGUGAUCAAAGUUUUGGCAUUCAUGUAGCAGAAUUUGCGAAUUUUCCUGAUGAAGUUAUUGCUUUAGCAAAAAGUAAGGCUGCUGAAUUGGAAGACUUCUCUAACAUCCCUAACAUGUCUGGUGAUCUGGAAGAUGAGGUUCAAUCCAAUAAAAGGAGGAAAACUGAAUUCAGUCCUGAUGAGGUGGUCAAAGGUCAAGAUCGAGCUCAUCGUCUCCUACGGGAGAUUACUGAUAUGUCAUGGAAUCAGUUUGACUUGAAGGAGGCUAUGCGACAUGCCCAUAAACUGAGAAAAGAUCUAGAGACUGAUGCAGCUCACAACUAUCCAUGGCUCCAAAAGUUCUUCUGAUGUCCAUAAAUACUCUUAAUGCUAAUGCAGUAUAUUGUGUAUUUAAGUUCAGUGACAGGUUCUUGUAUAUCCUGUUGAUCAAACUUUUGUUUUGGCCUUGGUUUUUGCUGCUUGUGGCCGAGGGGCCAUAUUCUACUCUGCGAUGAUGUAGAGUAGGAUUUUCAACAUUGUAUAAAAACAUUUAGGCGCUUAUAUUUAGUAUUUUCGUUUUAGAUCUUAUA